GUUGGUCGUUCAAAAUGACAUGACAUAGAGGGGUGUUGUUCGGCAAAUUUGAGUCAAAAGUAUCUGAAGAAUUUUGAACGUAGUUGUGUGAUUAAUAUGAAAAUUGUGUUUUAAUAGUAAUAGAAUUUAACAGAAAAGAUUAAAAAUGGCCUAUUACUAUAGAACUUUCAUGGAAACUUUUUGGUGUGAGCACGUUUGGUUACCCCCUAACACCACUUGGAAAGACAUAGCUCCUGAUGCAGAUCCUAAUGUUCGUCAUGCUGAUCCAACACACUUACUUUAUCCUUUGCCGAUGGCAUUUGUACUGUUAUUUUUACGAUAUAUAUUAGAAAAGUACUGGUUUGCUCCUGUUGGAUUAUCAUUAGGAAUAAAAAAUAAUAGACCAAAAAAGACACCCGAUAAUCCUCUUCUCGAAAAAGCAUAUACACAGUCAAAAAAGUGGAAACAUAAACAGGUACAAGGUCUGGCUAAACAGUUAGACAUUAGCGAAAGACAAGUAGAACGAUGGUUGAGACUGCGAAAAGCUCAGAACAAACCAUCGACUUUAGUUAAAUUUUGUGAAAAUUCAUGGAGGUGUUUAUACUACACUCUUAGCUUUAUUUAUGGUUUAACAAUUUUAUGGGACAAACCUUGGCUGUGGAAUAUAAAUGAAUGUUGGACGAAUUUUCCACACCAAGACGUCACUAAUGAUAUAUGGUGGUACUAUAUGAUCUCUAUGUCAUUCUAUUGGUCGCUAUCAGUGAGUCAAUUUUUUGACGUUAGACGCAAAGACUUCUGGCAGAUGUUCAUUCAUCACAUUGCUACUAUAGUACUAAUGUGUUUAUCAUGGAUAGUCAACGUAUUUCGAAUUGGUUCGCUGGUUUUAGUUGUACACGAUUGUGCUGACAUAUUUUUAGAAGCUGCUAAAAUGGCGAAGUAUUCAGGAUAUCAGAAAAUUUGUGAUAUCAUUUUUGCUGUGUUCACAGUACUUUGGAUAGUAACUAGAAUAGGAAUAUACCCUUUUUGGAUAAUCAGAAAUACGUCCAUUGAUGCUGCCGACUAUGUGCCAAUGUUCCCAGCUUAUUAUAUAUUUAACAGCCUGCUUCUAGUCUUGUUUGUUUUACACUGUGUAUGGACCUAUUUUAUUUUACGAAUCUGCCAAAAAUUCGUUUUAUCUGGUCACAUGGAAGGAGACGUUAGGUCGAGUAGCGAUGAAAUUUCAGAAUAGGUUAUUUUUAUACUUAAAUUAUGUACCUAGUAAUAUUUCACUGUAAGAUAUCAUUGAAAAAAAUAACUUUUGUUAAUUUCAUGUACCAUUCAAUGAUUUUCAUUUAUACGGAGUUUUUUUAUUGAGAAAUUCGGCCAGUUUAUGGCAGAAAUGCGAAAAUUUAAAGGAAGAUUUUUGUAAGUUUUAAGCAGACCACAAAAAAACUAUUUGUACAUAUUAUUUAUUGUUUACUAUGUAAUUACGUUAUGAAAUAUAAGACGU